AUGGCAGUCGAGGAUGGGGAGAAGCCUCCUUCCUACCGAGCUUCCAAAUCUGUCCCCUUCGAACUAAUCCAACAUUCGGGAAUUUUCUUCGAAGAGAAGCUCUAUACUCAAGCCCUAAACCUUCUCCUAAACAUUGUCACUUCUGGCACCGUCACUUCUGGUCCCGUGUUUGUCCCAUCACCACCCCUCCUCGCUGUCGCAGCUACCUUCCUCGUCCAUCCCUCCACGACCACCCGUGCCAAAAGCUCCGAAGAAAAAGAAGCGCCCAGCGCAGCCUUCCGACUUCUCCGAUUAACAAAUACUCUCGUCGGACCGAUAGCCGCUAGAUUUGAUACUGCAUUCGCAUUCACGCAUUUCGAAGCCUCCCGUCAUGGAGGCAUACGUCGACGCGCCAGCGAGGGUGAAGAGACACCUGGAAAUGAGAUGCUGAGGAAUGAAUGGAAACUGCUGAAUACGGAGCUGGGACAGUCAUCUGCUGUGUGGUCUCGCGCGGAGGACUUCUGGCAUGCGGUUGGAUGGGCGUUCAACUGUUCUGUCUUGCACCCAGAACGAUGGGAACGGUGGCAGGUUUGGUUGCAGUUUAUGUGUGAGGUUCUGGAAGAUGAUUGGAAUGAGCGCAACAGGCAGGUUGAGCGGCAGGUACCUAGGGCUGGAAAUGGUAAGGAGCAGAAGAGGUUGCGGCAGAGCAUACUGCAUCAAAGUCUUAUCUUCCGGUAUAUCGAUGGGAGUAGUGGGAGCUAUGGACGGAAUCGAAGGAUUCUGAGAGCUAUUUUUGCGGAUGGGACUUCAAGCUCGGUCAACGAGUUUCGCGAGGUGUUCCGAAACGAGUUGAAGCAACUGAAGCGGGACCAAGAGAACAUCAAGAAGAGGGAAGCAGAGGUCAAAAUCGACGAAGAACAAUACGGCGACUACCUAACCAAAGACGACGACGAGUCGGAAGAAGGUGACGGCAAAGAUGAUACAGCUACAACAACAGAACGACGUCCCAAACGCACACGAAGAGGAACAAGAAACACGACCACAGAACAACCUACAGCCACCGCAAACACAAACAACACCCUCUACUCCCACGGUACCCUCUCCCUCUUCGGCGGCCUCCCCUCCCUCGCCCUCCGCCAACGCCUCCUGCACCUUCUCUCCGCCGUCUCCGAAGCCCUCCCGAAAACCUUCACAACCCUCGAAGAACUCUACCACCUCUUCGUCGAAAACAUCCGCCACCUUCCCCUUCCAAUUUACCAAUCCUUCAUCUCCCCGCACGUCCUUCCCUACUUCUCCGCGGCGGCGCAAACGACACUCUGCGAAUUCCUCCUCUUCCGACUCCGCGAGAGCACAGCACCCGAGACAGAGGAGGAGUACCUCAACCAAGCAAAGCUAGAACAGUGCUUUCUGCCAUACGCGGCGAGUAAAGCGUCCGUGGUCGAUAAUACGAAGAUGGCAAUUGCACUGGAGGCGCUUGUUAUGAUACUUGCGGAGAGCGAGAUGCUAAAGGUCACGCCAGAGCUGAGGGCAGCCGUGGAGGACGGAAUUAUGGUACGGGCUGAUAGGGCGCAGGACGUGAAAAGAAAUCAGUCGAGUAAGCAGGUGGAGGAUAUUGAGUGGUGUUGGUUGCUUGAGAGCGGGGAGAGGUUGUUGUUUAUGAUUAAUGAGUUGGUUCCAAGUAUGCAAGCUUCAUGA